AUGUCAGUAGAAAAUACCCAAAGAUCCCCGGCAGACUCCUCAGUUGGCUAUGCACCGAGCUCCUGGGCGGACAGCGAUGAAGAACGACUCAACUACCACAAUCCAUCUCGUCUCCGAGUGCCUCCUUCGCCCCCUCAGAUUGAUCAUGAUCUAGAAGGGCAUUCACAGCCUGCUCAAGAGGCUUGGCGGAUGCCACCAGGGAACCAAACCGAGGCAUCGGAGGCCCCGCAGCUGCAAUCUAAGAACCCAUUCCUGAAAGCUAGAUCAUCAAUCUCGAGGAAAGCUGUAUCGCCCAAGCAAGGUCAGGUGGACGAGAAUGGGUGGAGCGAAGGAAAUCCAAAUACCGCGGCUGAAAAUGAGCCCUUCAGUCAAUCGGAUGGUUUUAUCCCCAUGACAGCUAGCUUAUCAUUGCUAGAGCCCUCAGAGAAUGGAUAUCCCAAUGCAGGCCAAGGCUAUUGCCACUCCGAACAACCGCGCAAUGCCUCCGGCAGUGUCCCUCCAGAUCAAUUACCCUGGGGAUCACAACAAGGCUCACAGCACACGGCUAAUACGCCGGCCCCUGAGGGGCCAAGUUUGCACGGGCAAGCAGCGAAUUCAUAUACCCCUGCUGUAGUCGUGCAGCCUUCAGAUCCUACAGAAGACCCAUUUGAUCACCAGUCGGCUUAUUCACAAGGGAGACUUGGCUCUGACAAUGGCGCUUAUUCACCUGCAUUCUCUAACACGACAUCGGCAACAUCUCAUGAGCUGAUCGACCUAGAUGUUCCUGCCAGCCCUUUGGGGGGAGGCGUUGGGACUCCUCAGGAUAUCUCGUCGGCUUAUUCGUCGGAUGGCGGGGUACAGGGCUCAGGAGGCGCGGUGCCAUCGUCGCAGCAUGUUUCAUCGCAGCACCUGCUGGACUAUUUACCAACGCCAGCACCAGUACCAUCAACAGCGCCAGAAAGGCCGAGAAUUAGGCUAUCUGCCGCUGAGGAAGCCAGGCAGCAAGAGCAGCGAUCCGAAACAUACUCGAUCCGGCAAAUAAAUUGGGUGAAUAAAUCAGGAAGGCUGCUUCAGUCCCCAAUACUAGUCCAGAAUAAGAACGGGCCUUGCCCGUUACUCGCGCUCAUCAACGCGUUGGUAUUACGUGCUGAUCCAGCCUCCCAGCCGCCAAUAGUAAGGGCAUUACAAGCCCGUGAACAGAUAUCCUUGGGUCUACUCAUCGAGGCAUUAUUCGAGGAGUUGGUUACAUGCCUGGGACCUCAGGACGAAUUUCCGGACAUUGAAGCCCUGUCGCAAUUCUUGACUAUGCUUCAUACGGGCAUGAAUGUCAAUCCCCGCUUGACAUUGGAGGAUACGGAAUCGCUCGGUACAUUUGCCCAAACUGCAGAUCUACAACUUUACAGUACAUUUGGCGUCCCUCUGAUUCACGGCUGGCUUGCGUCCUGGACUAGCCAACCUCAUCAUGCAAUGUUGCGCACUGCACAGUAUCACGAAGAUAUUCAAUUGUUACCAUUCAAAAAGCAGGAGUUGGAGGAUCGAGUUAUGCGCGGAGAGUCAUUAUCACCCGACGAAGAGUCGACGAUGGCAGAUAUCCAUGCUAUUCAAGAGUUUGUGGAUGUUGAAAAUGCCACACAACUCAGCCCCUUUGGGUUGACCCAAUUAACCACCCGACUAGCUCCGGGAUCAGUCUCAAUAUUCUUCCGCAAUGAUCAUUUCUCUACCCUCUACAAGCAUCCUCAGUCGCAGCAGCUCUUCUCCUUAGUCACGGAUGCAGGCUAUGCAAACCAUGCUGAGGUUGUGUGGGAGUCCCUUGUGGAUGUUACAGGAUAUAAUACUGAGUUUUUCUCUGGGGACUUUCGUCCUGUCAGCCAGGCUCCUACCGGUACUGCUGGGCAAUCCAGAUCGAAUGGAUCGACCGAACUGGCUGGACCGCGCUCCUCAAGCACAGCUGCAAAUAACACUCUUUCGACAGCCUCUGCGACGUCGACCGGGAGAUUAUCUCCACAAGAACAGGCAGAUGCAGACUAUGCAUAUGCUCUUUCGCUUCAAUUCCAAGAAGAAGAGCAACGCGAACAGAACCAAUCUCAACCGCCAACUAGGGUCCAAAGCCAAAUAUCCCCCAGAACAAGCACCUCAGAUCGCAAUCGACGUGCCUCGGCCCCUCUUGGUUCCCCUAAUCGAAGCCCUCCCCAUAUCAUGAGUAGCCCACCGCAUGUGAGGACACCAAGUACGAGGUUGCCAACUCCGACUGUUGGGUUGAGGCCGUCGCGGCAGCCUCAUCAUGACCCCGAUCCCAAUGACCCUAACGCCCCGCCCCCGCCCUAUGAACAAGCUGCGAGGACCCCACCGUAUCACUCGCCUGAGAGACAAUCUCCAUAUCAUAGCAUGAACCAGAGGGGUGAAGCCCCUGGUGGAAUGCCCAACGGAAAUGGGACUGCCAGAAGUUCAUAUCCAGAUCCACCACCCCGACCGGUACAUCCUGAUCGCUACAAUUCUAAUCACCGGAAUUCAAAAGACUGCAUUGUGAUGUGA